GAGAGACAGGCAGGAGUAAGGGAACAACCGUUAAUGUAUGCGGGCCGAGCCGGGCCAGUGUGUCGGGGCGCACUGUUUUCUCCUCCUUUAUGCGUCCUCCUCCUGCUGCUCGACAACAACGGCUCGCUGUUUUUUCUCACCGGUUCCGUAGCCGCUCUGUUUUGGGCACAAAACGCGGUUGUGUGUCAGUUUCUUUUAUGUGUCCAGCUCGCCUGCAACUCGUAACCGGGGCCUUGACUGAGUGAUUGAGUGUGUGACUGCAUGGACCGGACUGAACAUGAAGAGCCUCAAAGCAAAGUUUAGGAAAACUGAUGUCAAUGAGUGGAACAAAAACGACGAGCGCCUGCUUGCUGCGGUGGAGCACGGCGAGGCGGAGAAGGUGGCAUCACUUCUUGCCAAGAAAGGUUCCAGCGCUGUAAAGCUGGACGGCGAUGGCAAAUCGGCUCUUCAUGUGGCGGCUGCACGAGGACUGGCAGACUGCCUGUCUGUCAUCCUGUCCCAUGGAGCUGACCUGUCAAUCACUGACGCUGCAGGUUCCAAUCCGUUACACCUGGCUGCCAAAAACAAUCACACCGAGUGCUGCAAGAAGCUCAUUCAGAGUAAAUGUCCUAUCGAUGCUGUCGACGGCUCAGGAAAGGCUGCUCUGCAUCACGCUGCUGCCAGUGGGAACGUCCAGACCGUCCAACUGCUGUGUGAACAGAAAAGUCCCAUCAACCUGAAAGAUGCCGACGGGCUCACCCCAUUGCUGUUGUCAGCCAAACAUGCUCAUGCUGAGGUGUGCAGCACUCUGCUGGACUGCGGUGCUGAAAUCAACACUUCUGACAACAGUGGCAGGACGGCCUUGAUGCUGGCUAGCGAGGCAAACGCCGGUUCUGUUGUUGAAGUCCUGGUUCAGCGAGGAGCAGAUCUGUCGGCUCUAGAUUCACAAGGCCAUGAUGUCGUACACUACACCAAGCUGCUGGAGAACUCUGAGGUCAAAACUGCCCUCAAUGCUGCCCUAAACAGACAGCAGGCCUCUGAUGCAAAGUCUCCGAGAAGUCCUCAGCAUGAUCAAGUAGCUAAACUAAGUGAUGAACGGAUCACAACCCCAAAAAAACGAAAAGCACCUCCACCUCCUAUUAGCCCACCGCAGAGCUCCAGACCCCCUUCCCCUUCGGCCAUUAUUGUUGCUGGGACCUCUGGAUCCGACACAAGUGACACUCCAAAAAAAUUCAACUUCAAGGAGGAUGAGGUUAAAGAAACGACACUCAGAGAGGAGGUUGAAAAGCUCCAUGAGGAGAGAAGCAUGUUGCUGGAUACCAUCGAAGACCUGAAGCAGUCGGGGGAGCAGACGGCGACGGGGCCCCAACUGGAAAAAAAGGUCGAGCGCAGUUUUACAGCAUCUGCAGCGCUGUUUUCUGCUCUGCAAGCCAAAAUUACUGCUCUAACUUUGGAGAACCAGCAACUUAAAAGCAAACACAAGAGACAGGCAUCCCGCCAAGUGAGCGAAGACUUGAAGGACAGCAGUCGUCCAAACAGCAUGGCUUCCAACUCCUCCUUCCACUCCACGCAGGAUGAGUUUGAAUCCCUGCCACAGGAGGAAAGGGAAGACGGUCCAAGCGGUGUUUCUGCCAGAGGAGAGGAAGAAGAGGCUGAAGGAGGGAGAGGAGGGAGCCAAGAGGAGAUCAUACUGUUGAGACAGGCGCUAGAGAGCAUUCAAGUCAAACUGCUAGAAACCAGAAAGGAAAACCGCUCGCUUCAUGCCCAGCUGAAACCUGAGCGGGGCAGAGAGAGAGAAAGAGAAGAGGAUGAGAGCGCGAGGGAGAAAGGAAGAGAGGAAGAGUUGAUGGAGAGUCUCGCGGAGCUUCAGGCGAAGCUGACAGACUCUCAAGAGAGAUACCACCAAGCUGUGGAGGAGGUGGAGGAUUUGAGGGUGCAGAUGGAAAGGGGAGGAGGUGAGCUAAUGGAGAAACAGGAGGUCCAGAGAAGUACAUCAUCCGCACUUGAACAUGAAGUAAAACAGCUGAGGGCGCUGCUCGUCCAAUCGGGAUCCGAGCAGGAGAACGCAGCUCAACGCAUCAGACAGCUGGAGGAGGCCCUGAGGAGGGUGGAGGAGGAAAGAUGGAGUGUCAAGGAGAAAGAACAGAAGAUUGCACAGAUUGAGGAGCUGCACAAGGAGGCACACGAGGAGAUUAGGAUACUCCAGGAGGCUCUGAGGGGCACCGUGCCAGUGGAAGCAGCAGCCAAAGACUUUGAAGAGAUGAAGGCUGAGCUGAGUGAGGUCAUUGCUGGGCUGCAGCGCCGCUUGCUGGAACUCUCACACUCCUUUAGCGAAACCAAAAGUCAGCUAAGUGCUGCGCAGAAGCAGCUGGCGGAGAGCAGUGGAGCCUCAUCUGCCUCCUCAGAGCAACAACAGCAGCAGGUCCAGGUGCUGAGCGGCAAGGUGGAGGAGCUGCAGACGGUGCUCGCCGAGACGGAGAAGAAGCAUUCGGCGGCUCGGGGAGAGAUCUCACUGCUGAAGCAGGAAGCAGAGGCUCAGGCACAGAGCUCUGUGGACCUCGCCGACCACACGCAGGUGAUGUCAUCCCUGGGGAAUGCCAUCAAAGAGUUGGAGAGCCAGUUGGAGACACUGCAAGAGCAGCUACACCAGAAAAUCUUGCAGGUGGAGGCUCUUCAGAGCAGGCUUACAGCAGAGAAAGAUGUCAGCCCAGAUGAUUCUGUCUCCCGCGCUGAGCACGAGACGACCCAAGAGCAGCUGGAGGGCGAGGUGAGCCACCUGACGCAGCUCCUCCAGGGGGCCCUCAGAAAGCAGGACGAGAUGGCUCUGGAGGCUGCGAACGCAUGGCAGAUGGCACGGGAGAAUCGGGCCGAGCGGGAGUCUCUGCAGGAGGUGGUGAUGUCGAGGGAGAAGGAGAACCAGACGCUGACCACUCGGCUGGCUGAGUCCCUGGAUGCUGUGUGUCAGCUCAAACAGCUGGUGGAGAACCACGUCGCCUCAGAGAGAGAGAAAAACAAGAGGAUAGAUGACCUGUCGCGGGAAGUGGGGAAGCUGAAGGAUGCCUUAAACAGCCUAUCACAGCUCUCCUACAGCUCUGGUUCUCCCUCCAAGAGACAGCAGCAACACCAGCAGCUGACUCAGCAGAUUGAGACGAUGCAGCAACAGAUCAAACAACUACAGUAUCAGCUCGCUGAGUCAAAGAAGCAGCACCAUGAGAUCGUGUCCGUCUACAGGAUGCACCUCCUCUACGCUGUCCAGGGUCAGAUGGACGAGGAUGUCCAGAAAGCCUUGAAGCAGAUCCUGAUGAUGUGCCAGAUGCCAAGCCAAGCCAAGGAGGCCUGCUAAGACACCCGGGGCCCGGUUUCCCCCCCGAGAGCCCGCUGUGGACGAACGUGAAAUGAACCGCCACCGUCGCCACUCGUCCUCCCCUCCGAAUGCACACUUUGCUCGCGGUGAUUGCGAGCCAGGCCAACAUCUGGGGCCUCUGGAUAAACCUUGAGUAUCUGUUGCUGAGGAAUAGGUUUACAACCAUGUUCAUUGCCUUUGCUAAUGUCAUUUUGAGCGACUAAUAUCAUCAAUCUUGUGAUGGAAAAUGCUAUUUUCAUACAGCCCAGCAUUAAGAUGAUGUACAUCAGCCAGUUGACAAUUCAGAUGAAUGAGAGAACCAAGCGGUUCGAGCCCAUCGUGUAAUCUCAGUAAGUGCACGUUGACACGACACUGUCAAUGUGCAGUAACCUUAGACCACAUGCAGUUGGACCGGCGCGAUAAUGCAAACAUAUGUGUACUCUGACAUAAACAUACACGUACAGUGUGUGUGCGUACUAAUCAGUCCACGGAAAACCGUACGCUUCAUGUGGUUGGUUUUGGUUACAAUGUGCGCUCGGAGGAAUAAAAGACUCACGUGGCACUGCGGUUGGUCGUAUCCGUUUUAUGAUACAACUGUGUUCGUAUUAUUUAACUUGUUGUCGAAAGGUUUCAUGGUUGUCAACAUUUUCAGUGUAAAUUAUUGGUGCUCUCUGAACGAUGCAUGUGACUUUGCUCAUCACCAGCCCAAAAAUCACAAAGAAAUGUUUCGGUUUUUUUGGCCGCACUUCUUUGAAGAAAAUGCACGAGACUGUUUGUAUUGCUAUUUUCAUAUUCGCACAACAUAAAAAAAAAAAGUACUUUACUAAAUUGUAUUACAUGCCAUGUUUUCUAAAGUUCUGUACUCAAUUGAAGAGGUUUGAUAUCGGAUAUUUCAUAUACGAUGGCCUUGUUUUUGUGUGAACACAGUUAAUUAUAAGUAUAAAAACGCACUAUUUUGUCUUCUGACACCUGAAUUAGUCUAUUUUCCUAUUAUUAUUCAUAUUUUACAUAUUAGGGUUGAAUCUGAUUGUCUACUGUAAUCAGAAAACAUUUCAUUUGUAACGAAUGCCCAACAGUACGGGCUCAAUAUGUGUGUCCUCGUCUAAUCUUCCUCUUCCUCCAUGAGAAGCAUGCAAACUGUUGGCUGAGAGCAAAUGGUUGAUGCUGCUGUCACGCAGCAUCUUUCUGGCUCUGCAGUCAUUUCAACUGAGAAUUAUCUUUUGAGAUAUCAGCAAUUCUCAAUUGUCACCUAUGCCAAUUUCACCAGGCUUCUUUAUUAAUUUAUUAACAUUAACGGGAAUGUUUUCCAUCUUACUAUUUGUGAUACUCUUUUCAGUUUUUCGUUGUAGGUACGGAUAAACACUGUGCAGGAAACGGUUCAAAUGCAUUUCUUUGAUCGUGUCUUCUGAACUGUUCUCACAUCACACUCCUUCGCCUUCAUACGAGAGCCAUACGCACGUAGAUAUCAUCCUUAUCUGAUCAGUGUUUAGGACUUUGAGAACACACCGACGGUAAUGCUGUUAAACGUUAGAUUACAUUCAUGUGUAUAUGACGGACAAACUCAGCCUUGUUUCUCACUCAGGAACUUUUUUUACUGGACAUGAUUGACUGAGCUUUCUUAUACCCUAAGUAGAGCGCUUGCUUUAUUUCACAGGUUGUAUAAUAUCAUAAAUCACUUGACUCGUUCUUUCUAGGCCUUGACUGACAUGUUUUGUUACACAAAAGGUAAUAUGAACACACAACUCUCUUGUUGGUUGUUUUUGAAGUGACAUGAAACAAAUACUUGUUUGCCAACUGCUUUGUUGCCCACAUUAAUACAUUUUCAAAAACCUG